GAUUGGUUAAUGGAUAAUCAGCGGUUACGUGAUGUGUUGUUUGAUUUUACAAAUAUCUCUUCAACUAGUUUCGUAUUAAGUGACAAUUCAUUCGGACACGAAUUACGCAUAUUAUGGAUAUAAGUUUGUAGUGUAUUUUACUUUUAACGUGAUGGAAUGAGUAAUGAUUGUGGAUUCAGCCUCGCCCUAUAAGGGUAAGCCAGACGUGAAGGUGGCGAGAAUACAGUGUCAUGACUACUAUGGCAUAUAGCGAGAUAAACAAUGGAAUCAAACAGGAGUCAUCCACACAUUUCCACGAACUGUUACAUGCCCAACUAUCCGCCGAGGACAGUAGAAACAUUGAUAAAACAGACUCGGCCGAGGAGUCAGGGGAAUCACCUCUUGACUUCUCAAUCAAACGUAAAUCCACAAGUUAUGAUGAGGUAUCUGGUUCAGACUCUCUGUCCUCCCCAGCCUCGUCCCCUCAUGACAAUGGAGGGCAUCACGAGGACAGAAAGAGUAGUGAUACAGAUGGUAUGAACAAUAAAUCCGGAUCCUCACAGGAAUCCCCGCCAGAUAGAUCUCCUUUAUUCCAUCAUAAACAAUUCAAACUUGAUCAUUUUCGUCAGAAUUUAUCCCCCGUCCAUGAAAGAAUUGGUCAGCCUCGAGCAGCGGAACAAGUACUACCUCACAUGCUUAAUGAGUUACAAAUGGGCAUUUCAAAUGCAAACAUGCUUGCCAACUCAUUCCCAGCAAUGGCAGCUUUAAUGGAUCAAAGACGGUUUUCAGGAGGGUCUAAGGGAACUCGGCCCUUUAAAGCAUAUCCUAAAGAUUCGUUAUCGGUUCAAGUCGAAACUGGUGCUCCAAUGAUUCCACAUUAUUUGACUUCAUUCGCUAAUUUUGAAAACAGUGCUAUAAUGCAGGGACUUAAUUUAUCCUCAGAGGAAGUGUUUAGUAUUUAUAAGCAACAGUUAUUAGCGCUCAGGGAAAGAGAAAAAUAUUUAGAAAACCUCAAGAUAUCUCAGGAACAGGCUAUUAGUAGGACUUGCACAUCAACGACCACGACAUCACCGGGGUCACCGGUUUCUACAUCAGUCACACCAAUGCACUUACCAGGGCGGAACAAUGGUCUCAACAGUAACAUUGGAGGUUUCCCGAUUGAGCCCCCUAGUUCACGUUCAACACCAACUGAUUUCACUAGUGAUUCUUCUAACAAUAAUAGUUUUACACAGUCACAAAGUGUUCACUCACUCACAGCUGGCGGACGAAGACGACCGAGAUCAUUACCGGAUGAACAGAAGGAUGAAGCAUACUGGGAACGAAGGAGGAAAAAUAACGAGGCUGCUAAACGGUCACGUGACGCAAGAAGAGCUAAAGAGGACCAAAUCGCCAUCAGAGCAGCUUUAUUAGAGCAGGAAAAUCUUAAACUUAGAGUUGAAGUGGCAGCUUUAAAAACAGAGACUGCUAAGUUAAGAUGUAUGCUGUAUAAUAGUUAGGGUGAAGGUCUGGUCUUAAAACAUACUGAUAUUAUAAUUCAGCCACAACAAACCUGGUCUGUAAUGAAAUUGAUUCCAUUACCUCUUGGCAAAGAUAAUCAAAGUAUAUGAGAGAUUAAUGACUUUAGCUUGGAUUUAUAACUUACUCUGACGCCAUCUUAUCUAGGGCUGAGUAGGUAAACCUGUAUUUGAUCUUUUUUCUUUUUAUUCUUCAAAAUACUGUCCAUUAUUUCAUUGUAUUUGUACUUUAUGCAAUAUGUUUUGAGGGUCUUUUUUCAGGAAGUCAUUGCAUGUAAUUUAAGUGUUCUAACAUAUCUUCAAAAGUGCUUUGUUUUAUCUGUUGUAAAUAGUUUAUAUGUUUAACUUUUGAGCUCAGGGAUGUAUUAUUAGACACAGCCUUAAUUGGACUUUAAUUUAUAGUAGACAUGGCUUAUGUUGUCUGUAAUACUAUAUAUUAUAAUGAUAGAAUGGUGAUGCUCAAACCCGAGGUGAUAUUACAUCAUUGUAUAUAUAUUGACUUAACAAUCCAUUUCACAUUUUUACAUAUUAUGUCAUUAUGUUUUAUUAAGGUUACUGUCGAAUAUAUUUGACAAAUUGAUUUUAAAUUUAUCAAGGCAUGUUAAAAGAAUUGUUUAAUUGAGGAUAAAAUCAAAAUUUUGUUAUUUUUGUCAUGGAAAUUGUUGCUACUUCAAGACUUUAUUGUUUUUAUUUGACAGCUGAAAGUUUAAAGUGCUUUCGAUCAUGUACUGUAGAUCUGAAAUCCAAAUAAUACAACACCAUUGACUUAAACAGGAUACAUGUCUUUUUUGAAUUUGAAAUAUAUAAUCGUACUGAACUUUUUCCAUAACAGUUACAUUCAGAAAUAGGACAAUGUAUCAUCAUUAUAAAAGGCGGUUUAAUUGUAUGUACAACAAUGACUGUCGGAGACUUUGUUAAAUAACUGAUAUAAUAAUUAAGUGGCUUUGUUUGACCAAAGUCAUAACUUUAUUAUUAUGUACAAACAUGGUUAUAUGGUAGGAAGUUAAAAGAAGUACAUCAAAGUUAUUCAACUAGCCAUUGUUACAAGUAAUCUAGUGUCCGUCUGACAUUUCCGGAUGUAAAGUAUUUACAUCUUGUUAGUUAAGUAUCAACAUCCAUCAUGGCAUAACUUUAAAGUAGUAAAUAAAAGAUUUUUAUCAUUACAAAACAAACAAGUAAUACAUGGUUGAUUUCCGUCAUUUGUUUUUAAGAAGCAAUAUCUCUAUACGAGAACAUACAUUUAAGCUCUUUUUGUAUACUAAAUUAUAUGUAAAGAUUACAACAUAAUAUAACAUACAACUUACAGUACCAGUAAUGUAAAGGUUCCUCUUUAAACAUUUUAGAGUAAAUAUUCUUUGCAAACAUUUUUGUUUACGUAGUUAUUUUUAAACGUAAUAUAUUUAUUUUUACAUUAAAUAUCAUCAUUAAUAACAUUCAAUAUAAAUAUAACCAUUCUAUCGGCCCACUAUAACAUGACACAUCUCUAUCUUAUUGUUAUAUGUAAAUAACAACAAAUAUGACUUAAAUGAGCCGCGUCAUGACAAAACCAACAUAGUGCGUUUGCGACCAGCAUGGAUCCAGACCAGCCUGCGCAUCCGCGCAGUCUGAUCAGGAUCCAUGCUGUUCGCUAUCAGUUUAUCUACUUGCUUUAGGGUUUGUAAGCGAACAGCAUGGAUCCUGAUCAGACUGCGCGGAUGCGCAGGCUGGCCUGGACCCAUGCUGGUCGCAAACGCACUAUGUUGGUUUUGUCAUGAGGCGGCUCAAAUAAUAAAAGUUGUUGCGGCUCAAUAACAUUACUAUGUAAACAGUAUUUUAAAAUAUGAACCUCUCAAAUCUUGGAUAAUCAAAAUGUACAUGUGCCUAUAAAUAAUUAUAUAUAUAUAUGUGUGUUAUAUUUAUAGAUGUUUUGCCAAGUGUGAGUACCACAGUUAAUGCUACAUAUAGCAUUCCAAUUAACAUUUUUUUUAAUAAUGUACUUUUACCUCAUUAUAGUUAUAAUUCUGAUAUAUAUUUGUAUGUUACAAUCUUAUUGUCUAAAUUCAAGUUUAUUUUGCAUGCAUCUUACAAUCAUUUCACUUUGAUGUAUAAUAUUUGUUAAUACAACAAUACCUCUUUGGUCAAUAUGUAUAAAUGAACGCUAACUUCAUAUGUUUAACCAGUCAUGACUCAUCAAAAACACCAACAGGGAUUGGAUAUACAUGUAUUCUCACAUGAGCAGCCAAUAAAUGACUUGAUCCUCCAUUAUUACUUUAGCGUAUAAAUAUAUAUUUAAUCAUUCAAUUUUAAACUGGUCAAUCAUAUGCUAGUCAAACAGCAGGUAUAGUAUUUCUUGAAUGUGUGUUCUUUACAAAUUAUUAAAUCAUACAGUAUCCUUUUACAAAAUAUCAAAUAAUAAGGUAUUGACUCUAAAUUCAUUCAUAACAAAUACAUCUAUAGUAUUGUAUAAAAAUUAUAAUGCCAGAUCUUUUUUUAUUCAGCAAGACAGAGAAUUAUUGGCAAUUUUUUUUUCAUUUAAAUAUUAUUUACUUUUAUUUUACAGGUAACACUAAAUGUUUAAUGUUAACCCCAGUUGACAUUUUCACAAAUUGUCAUUUCAAUGCCAGAGUGUUUUGUUCGGGUUAUUAAAUUAUGGGGGAUGAUCUUGAUAACGUUUUCGUGUUUAAUGUUUUUGUGUAAAUUUCGAUGCACCUUUUUAUGGCCAAUUCUUUUCAUUCAGUUCACUUUAUCGGGCUAACCUUUGAUUCCAUUUCUUUACCACAGCACUUUUAACAACUUCAUAUUGGAUCUCAAUACCGUUUACUAAACUAAGCGGAUUUUUGGGGAGGGUAUAAAUUUUGGACUUUUACGGGUAUCUUGUUUUGGUGUGGUUUUCUUUUUCGGGUCACAAUUUCGCAUAUAUUCAUGCUGGAUUAAACACUGCACCAGUAUUUGAAUGUAUUGAAAUAUCAAAGAAUUUAAGCAUAUGUUUCUAUAAAUUUAGUAAUUUUGUUUAAACAUAGCCAUUUUAUAAAAUAUAUUGUUAGCAUGGAAGUCAGUAUUUUACUGUUUUUUGUAAAGUGUUUCCAUGUAAUACUUGAAUCAGCAUUGAAAUCUCCACUUCUAUGUCAUAUUGUAUAUUUAGGAUAUGUAUUUAUUCUUGACAUUCACCAUUUUAAUUUUUAUUAUUUUAUGAUAUUGUUAUGUUAACUUGAUAUUCUCAUUUUGUUUUACAUGGAUAUUAUUAUAGUAUAUAUACCCGGCAUGAAAGAAAUCUCACAUUUGUGAAGGGUCUAUGAAAGUUUGUGUUUAAUAUAUUGUCCUUAAUGAGAUUAUAAAAGUUUGAUAGUGUAAUCAGUCAGAGAUUUUGUUUUCGGCCGCAUGCUCUAUGUUUUCGACUUUACUUCCGGUUUCUUGACUGGCUAUCCGCCAUUCCUUUCCCGGUAUUUACAGAAUGUCAUUCAUGUGUUUUGUCAUAACAAAAUAGUAGGAAAUGAAUAUUGAAAUUCAACAUUCAAAUCACUUUUACAACGACCGGGUGUUUUUUCUUAAAGAUAUUUCUUGUUCAAGUGCAAAAUAUUCAAAGUAAUGACUACUUGUACAGCACUACACACAUUUGUGAGGUUUCUUUCUAGCUAUGUAUGUAUCUUAAACACAUGACUACCUCAAUGAAUGUAAACAAUCUUGUCCCUUCAAAUGGUAAACCUUUUGUUCUCUUUGUAGUUGUUACUCUGUAGUAGAUUUAUGAUCUAAUUUCACAUUGUCUCCAGCGUGUAUAGUCAUUUUGAAAUCAACACACAUUUUUAUUAAACUGAUAUUGACAAAUAUUGAUGUAAUUAUUGAUCCGGGACCAUUCCAAGGUCAGCUAACAUGAUCAACAAUUUAGUCAUGAAGUAAGAUGAAAGAUAACCGCAAACUUUUUUUUCCAGAGCUAGUUGACCCUGAUGUACUUAUAACUUUUUGCUUUAUUUAGAAACUAACGAAUAUCAUUUACAUUGUAGGUUUCUACUUUGAUAAAAAAACCAAAACAUUUAAGUUUGUGUUAGAGCUUAUGUUGUUAUGCGGAAGGCGUCGAUGAGUGCUGGCUUAAAAGUGCUUUAGAUUUUUUCCUGCAACGGUGCUGACUUUAAGUGCUUUUGAUUUGAGUUACUUUAACAUAAGUGUUAACACCAUAACAUUCUGCUUUGCUUCCAGUCAAUUUAGACAUUUAGAAGCCGAGCAUAGCCAGUUCACAUCCUACAUUAAUGAUUAUCGAUACAAUUUACGGAGUAACUCACCUGAAAAAAAGAUUUCCCAUUAAAAAUGAAAGGCUUUGUGAUUGUUAUCGAUUCUAGGCUUGUAAAAAGGGAAUUCUUUUAAUUUUAAAUGUGGCCUUUGUAGCACUGAAUUUUGUUUAUGUUUUACAUUUUAUUAAAUGCAUUAUUCACGGUGGUGUGAAUUUAAAAGUUAUUUUAUGUGUCACAUUCUAAGGAGAUAAUGUAAGAUGUUUUCUAUUACAAAGCACCAAUCGUUUUUGUUUAACGAUUCUGUUAACACACAUUUAUUUUUUCUUUACACGUGAUCAUCUCGUACGUGAAUUUAUAAAAUUUUGAAACUCGAGAAUAAUUUAGAAUUUUUGUAUACAUAUAUGUUUCACUUUUUUCAUACUGAACAUUAAGAUUUUUUUUUAACCAAUCAUGACUUUCUUGACUCAGUUACUUGUUCUAGUUAUUUGACUGUUUAAAGUAUAAAUGUUAAGUACACGUGUAUAUUUUCUAACUAGGUGAAAUAUAAAGAGCUUGCCAGUAUUACUUCCAUAUUCCGCAUUUCCCCAUAGAAAGAAAAUAAACAAAGUUCAUACUUUUGAAAUAUUAAUAGAUUUCUCUUAACAUCUGACAACAGAAGAAACGUAGAUUUUUCUUUACUAGUAUAUCGUGUGCCGAGUACCUCAAGAUAAAGACAGCCUGUCAUAAGACAGAUAAAAACCUUUGAUGUCAAUCUAUUCAUAAUAUUAUUAUUGUUAUUCUUAUUAUGAGUGAACUGUUUCAUCUAUCAUAAUUAUGUUUCGAAAUAAUGCUUUUUUCGGUUUUUUAAUUUCAAUCAAAAAAAUAAUUAGUGAAACAAAAUGUUUAAAAUGUUGUCAUUUCAAGUCAUUGACAUUUUAAAGUACUAAAGCGUUUUCCUUGACAUUCAGUUUUCUAUAUAUAUUUAUUUGACAUUUCUUAUUUCAAUUAUUAUUUAUCAGGUAUUUCUUAUUUCACUUUAUCUCAUUGUCAUAUUAAAUAGCAAGGUUUCAAUUUUUAUUCAAUGAUAUAUUUUCAGAUUUUAUGAAUUUUACAUUGCUGUCCGUUGUUAAAUUUCCUUUUUUAAUCAUCAAAAAUAGAUAACCUUUUACAUCGAGUACUGACUACUUGUUAACACAUGUACUGUACGACUUUACAUUAUUUAACCUUUAAUCUGCUGGAACCGGAAAUGAUUAGUCUUUGCCACCAGUAGAGAGCCGUGCCGGCAUGCACAUCUAUGUAGUCUAACCAGGCUCUAUACUGCUGUUAGUUCAACUUGUAAAAUGGACUGUUCAUAAAUCAAAGCAGGAAGAGUCCAUUUAUAAACCAUUGAAACUUCAUAAAGUUCAAUUUGUCAAAUAAAAUGUUAAAUUCACAAACUUGGUAUUACCUCAAUGUUUUCAGGAUGAUAUUUGUACCUCUAUAUUUUCUCCUCACAUUACUUCAUUUACCAUUUGAAUGUCUCAGAAGGCAAGCUGUUUAUAAUGUUAUAAUAUUUUUUUUUCUUUAAUAAAUAUGUUAAUUGUCA